AUGGAGGCUGAAGCUUCUGCCAAAGUGAAAUCUCAUCACGACGAAGCGUUUCGGUGAGUGCGCAUCACGUUUCAAUCAACCCUUCAUCUUUAUAGCUUAUUAAACUUAUCAGCUGACAUGUAACUUGAAGAAAUUGAAGCUUGUCGAAAACAGCAUUUAUUUUUAUUUGAAUUUACGUUUAUUAGGGUAACAGACUACUUAUUAGAGAAGCUGUGAAUUUACACAUGUCAUUAUAUUUUAUUUAAUAGAUGUUUGUUUUUAAUAAUUAGCUACAUUAACGAGGCACUAAAAUUUGAUGAACAAGGAAAGAAAAGAAAAGCACUUGAGUUGUAUCAUAAAGGUGAGAAAUGUUUCUGAAAUAACUACCAGGCUGCGUUUUGGUGACCUAAACUCAACAUUCACUUUGAAAGUACCCUGCCCCGCAGAAGGAACUAAACUUCUGGUUCAGUCUCUCUGUGAAACAGGGCCGAAAUCCUUGUUCUGGGCUCCAAUCAGUGUACCAGGAUUUGAGGACGCACAAUAAUUUAUUUACCUUGUAAAAAAACUUGAAACGUAUAUUAAUUCGUUGAGUCUGUUGGGGGCCCAGAACGUGGGUAUUGGUGCUGCUUCACAGAUGUUAGUAACUGGGGAUAGAUUACAUCUGCAAUGCAGGUUAUAUAGCUACAUUGAAAGUGCCAGCAGUUUCUUUUUCACAGGCUUGUUGUCAACAAUGGUCAAUAAUUAGGUUCAAUUUCCGCCACCCUCGAGCUUGAUACUAUUAUUUUGCAAGAUCAUUGGUUUGUCCACGGUUUUCAUUAAGAAUUCUUGUAGCAGGAGAAAGGUGUGAUUUUUGUGAUUUUACAGGAGAUUAUUUUGAAAGAGGUUCCACAUCUGAAUGAAAAUAGUUAUAGGCUACCGAACAUAAUAGGCGGAGAAUUCUGCAUAGUAAACGGAGAAAUCUCUGAUCUCCAAUACGUAAUGAACACCCUGUUUGUCUUUUUGGUUUUUAGAGCAUUCAAUCCAACACACCUUUCCAGAUAUAUAUAAUAGUUAAUUUCUAGUGCAAGGAAAACUGAAAGCGAGGAUUCAGUACCUACCCUAUGUAUAAUUUCCCUUUAUAGAGUGUCCACAUAUUAUAAUAUUGAUGGUAAGCAGGUUAGGAGUCAAGAACUGACAGCAGUUUUGACUCAUGUGGCAUGGCUUUUGCUUCUCCUGUAUUCACUUUCCAUGCCUCUUUUAUCCUCAGUUUAUGUAACUGAAAAAAAAGAAAAAUGUACCUAGACCACUAUGUUCAAACUUUUGAAAUUUUUAUGAUUGUUAGGCCUUCGUAGUCUUGUAGUUGGCCUGAGUGUGUUUUGCGGUGGUUCUGGACCAGAAAGGCAAAGAGCCAAAGAAAUGCAGAAGAAGAUGAAAUCGUGAGUAUAGCUGUCAGAUAAUGAAAUCAGAAAAGAUGACCAUUAGUGAUCUAAGGUCUUGAAUUUUAAGCAAAAAAUUCCCCUCUUCUGAUAUAUUGUCAGUUAUGCAUUAAAUUAAACAAAAUGAUCAAAAACACUAGGCAUGUCAGAUAUUUAAAGGCAAACUGAUUGGGUCCUUGAUCUCUCACAGGGCCAAGGAGCAAGUGAAAGAGAGAGUAGAAGCUAUAACUGCAAGCUUGAAUGCUCCAUCAGCUCCUAGUGAAGAGGUUGUUGAUGGUUUACAUCAAAAUGGACAUUCAGAAAGGCCAGAACAACCAGAGGAACAAGAAAAACCAUGGGAAGAUGUCAAGGAACUUUUGGUCCUGGAAAACAGUAUGUCUUAGCAGUAAUAAUUUAUUGUUCUGACUAUGUUGAAUAGGUGAACAGUAACCUUGUGCCAAAAUUGUCGUUCAUGAUUUAAGGUAAAGGUAAAGGUGCACAUGAGCCAAAGGCCCAAACGGCUGAAGCUUAUUUCGGUUUCCUUAGCAUGAAGCAUGUGUAGGAGUAUUGCUUCUCUCCCCUGGAUGGGAUGCUUAGUCCAUCGCAGGGUUACCCCCCAGCAGUAUGUCACUGGUACCAAUUUAUACAUCUGGGUGAAGAGAGACAUAGUGGAGUAAAGUCCCUUGUCAAAGGAAACAACACGACGCGUGAGACAUGAAUUCCGGACCUCCAGAUCUGGAGUUUGAGGUGUUAACCACCCGGCCACACACGCCUCCACUAUGUGAUUUAAAAUGUAUGCAAAAAGGUCAAACAGAAUAAAUCCAAUAAAAUAUUAAAAUGUCUAUUAGUUUGACACACAAAUAUUCAUUUUGUGUUCAUUCCGGCUAUCACAGUGUGGAUCCUCUUGAAAGUGUUUGGCCUUAAUUCCUGCUUCGCUGGUGGUUGGGCUAUCAUUUUUGACAGCCCCAACAAAGGUUUCUCCAUCUUUUCCUGUUCUUUGUUGCUUGAACUACAGGAUGAAUAAGAAUAGUCAGAAAUAAUUUGUUACUGCUUACAAUCAUUGUUUGUAUUAUUUCCAUAAUAUUGUAGGUGUGAGAAUGUUUUUUGUGAGUGACCAAGGACACGUCACAACGCUUUCUCAGCCACAAACACUCCACGCUUUUCAGUUUGUCAACUACAAGCCAGGUACAGUCUUUCUCUACCUUAUCAAAAUAAUGAAACACAUUGUGUAGGAUUUGCUGAAUAUGUUAUAAAAAGGCCUUUUAACUAUUUAAUAUUUUUUCUUCCAGGUUCUCAGGAGGCACCAGCAUUCCUUCAGUGUGGUGGCUGGAUGUUCCCCAUGGUUCCUGGUAGAUCUCCUGUCCUUAAUACUGAACCUCACACAUACAUGUUUCCAGACAUCACAAUUGAUCCUUCCUCCCCUACAUCUUCAAAGCCACGACCACAGAGGGCCUUUGCUUCAGUUGGACUGAUUUUAAACCCCAACAUCUCCUCCAUAGAAUUGCAACGCUUUGAAAGAAUUCUGAAGUGCUAUACAGAUUUCCACCAUUAUACUCCUCCUAAGGACUUUGAACAGGAGAUCCGAGAUGUGCCUGUACAAGACGAUCAAAUGAGAGAUGAUAGCAGACCGUCAGCAGCAACUACCACUACUGUUACUGAUGAGGUGACAGGACCUUCCAUGGCUGUGGCAGUCAGACCAACUACGGAUGUAGUACCAGCUGAUUCUGAGGUCAGGUUUUGGAGCAGAUGAAAAUGUUAGGUUAAUGUAAAAGUUUCUUGAGGGUAGAUUGGUAUCUCUGGAUAUGGAGACACAGGGUUCAAAAUUGAAACCCAGACAGUCGUCUUGUAUAUGGUACAGGUCAAAUUUGAGUUCAAGUUAUAAUUGAUUCUCAAUUACCUUUGUCUUCUAGGGCUUGGAGACAAUGGAAAAUGAAAACCUUCAUUGUAGGUUAAAUCAAAAUUAACCUGAAAUCAAAUUUGACCUGUAACACACAUGUAUACAUACAAGUAGUUUUUUACAAAUCUCUGCAGACCAGUUUUGAGUACUUUUAGCAGGGCUUAGCCCUUCAACUCUCACACCUACUGUUGAAUAGGGCACCCUAAGGGUCUCUCAUUCUACUUUAAUCCUACUGAUCAUAUUUUGUUUUUGUAAUUUUAUCUUAAAUAGUCUUCAUCCUGGGGAAGAAAGGUCUCUAUGGUAUGUACUAGCUAGUACAGCUUACAUAAUUAUUGUCUUUGGAUUCACUUUUAAAAUAUGUAGUUAACAGAGUUAAUAGUACUUACCAACUAGAACAAAGUAAAAAGCAAAAAAAAAAACAUGAAUUUAUAUCUCCCUCGUGUUUUAGGGUAUUGAGAUUGGUGCAGAACUUGUCGCAUGGGGCCUUACAAAAGGAGCGGAAGUAGGAAGUCACUUCAUGCAUAAGGUUUGUUAACUCUGUUUCUUCCCUGGUUGUAACCUGUGAACAAGCCCUUCAUUUUGUAUGGUAAAGGAAGCAAGGUAGAGGGCAUGACAAAGCUGUGAGAGGUGGUUUUCUUUCCGCUGCCCCUUCCUCUUGCUUCUCCUCAGUUUCAUGUGGCCCUCGUGCAUGAGUUCCGUCAAAGCAGUUGUAGCAAACUAAUAAUCAAUUUUGAACGUUGAAAGAUUCUUUUGAGCUUGAGGUCAAUAAAACCACUAAAAAAUGUUGGUCAGUACAACAUUUACUUUAUGGAAAAGAGAACUUUUUUCUUCCUGGACCAAAGCAGAACCCUAACCUUGAGAGGGCAAUAUACCAAUAGGCUGAUAUAGCCUGUUCCUGUAGCCAAUCAGGUUGCAGGAUUUAAUUCAUCUUGCCCACUCGUGAAGCCAGUCAUACAUGACUUGUAUGAUAAAUCAGGGUUUCACCAUGCUUGAUUACCAGCUGUUCAGGCAGGUCUGCUUUUCAUUUGCUGAUUGAGUGACUGGUAAUCCGGCUAAACUAGUUUUCACUUUAUAGUGUAUCUGGGUGAAGUCUUUGACAAACAUUGUGACCAUUCAAAUGAAGACUUUGAGCAGUUCUCUUUUUUUUGUUACUGGGCUCACACUCGUAUUGUUUAAUUUUAUUGUUUUUUAUUUGAUAGUCACUAGCCAAAAUUUGUAUUCCCUUUAGUUAAAAAUCCCAUCUCUUCCACUUAGCUUUUUACGUGUAUGGCUAAAGAGUUGAGCUAAAUUUAAUGGCUACCCAGAAACUUGUAAUCAAUGCACUUUUCUGUAAUCCAAAACUUUUCCAGGGUUCGGCUAAACUCAGGGAAAAUCUAAAGCCGAACCAAAAACCAGUGGAAGUUAAAGAAGAAACUCAAGACAACAUUCGACAAAUCAAGAAUGUUGCAGGUAUUGUUUAUUCUUCUCCGCACAAAAAUUAGUUAUUUUCUCUUAGGGUUUGGUUAAGCCUGUUUCUCCCACGGACUUUGAGAGGAACAUAAAAUUUCUGCAUUGUCAAUUUUGAUUCUGUGGACUUAAUCCUCUGUUGUAGCUGACUAUUUCAACGGAACCUCUUCAGUAGUACUUUCACGGCAAACGUUUCAGUCUGUGGAUAAAAUACUAUGCUGUUGCCAUUCAAAGGAAACCAUUCUGAGUCUCCCACAGUACUUUUAGAUGGCAUUAUUCAUCGAAUAUAUAUAGUUCUAACUUCUGAGUGCCGGAUGAAAUCCGCGUGGGACUAUUCAAACGAACCUCCUUGGCACUGAUUUAGCCGCUCUAUUUCCUAAACAAUUUGGAGCGGACUUCUCAAGGUUUAAGCUGGAUAGCCUGGAAUGAAUCAUUUUGUUCCUCUUUGUUUCUUCUGUAGGUAUGGCCUGUCAAGUUAGCGGUGCUGUUGUCUCAGCAGUUUCAGCUAUGACAAUUGAGUUGGGAAGAAGACUCGCGCCGGUUAUCGUGGAGAAAGGAGGGAAGGUUUGUCUAACAUCAUGUUUGUUGUUCUUGUUCUAUUUAAAUGUCAUCUCGUUAACUAAUAACUUGGGUUGAGGAUGGAGCGCCUGUACAUUGUCGUACGCGUCCCCAAGUAUUGGCCUCUCGGCAGUGGUUUAGGUAAUUAAGACCUAAGAAUUGUUAUUUUCAAGAUGAUUAUUCUUUAAAAGGUUCAGUGUAAAACGUUAGGGAAAACAGCAUGUUUCGUGAACAGUGAACAGUGACCCGUGAGUUGUUGUGUUCUGUUUUUCUCUCAGGUUUUGCCUGAAGCUGUGAAGAAAAAAGACGAUGUUGACGGCUCCUCAACAAUGAACGAAGUAGUAAAAGUCGCAGUUAGCGGUGCGAGAGGUACAACUGAAUUUAGAUUUAAAAAUGAAAGACAUUAAUUCCGUUAACUUCAGAGAGAUGAAAGCUGUCAAAGUAAGCAACCCGUUCCCCAUCACGCGGAAACGUGUGCUACGCAUGAAAAAUGGCGGGAAAACCAUGCUUGAUCUCGUUGUACUGUGCCCUUCACUUUUGCCGCAAUGCAAUCGCUCUGUUCACCUCUCUGGUGUUGGCUGAAGAAUUCGUAUGCUUCCAUGGAAAUGCUUGUGUGGAAUUAGCAAUUUUAUCAUGUUCUUUUGUUUGUCACGUAGGAGCAGCGACUGUGUACUUUGGUCUUGAAAACUCCUGGAAAAUUCUGUACAAGAACCUUCAAUAUGCUACAGUGGAAACUAUAGAUCACAAGUGAGUUAAAACAUACUUUAAUUAUUUAAAAUAAUAAUAAUAAAUGUUACCGAAAAAGAGUGCUUGAGUUUUGUAAAUAGAUCGAUUAUCACAUCCCAAGGAUAACCCACCCUUCCCGGCCCCAUCAUAUACUAUAAAGCCUCCUCUUUUCCAAUACGUUCCCUUUUUUGAGGAAAAAGCGUUUAGUGACGUGUUGAUUGUUGCGGUUCCAGAUAUGGUUCCCAACUCAGUGAAGCUACAAACAAUGCUAUGGGAGCCGCAGGAUAUGCCUUACAGGUAAAGAAACGUAACAAAAAAUGAUUUUUGUUGUUGUUUACCGCCUUGGAGCAAGCAAAAAAAGUAUUAUGCUUUACUCAACUUUUCUUCCUUUUGUUUCCUUGCAGACGUGGUGGAAUGUGGACAACAUAGGGAUCAAGUGAGUAUCCGAAAAGCUCCGCACCGGCCUGGCAACGUGUUGCACCGUUUUGACACAUCACAGACCAGGCAACGUGUUGUUGCAGCGUUCUGUCGCGGGCACCACUUGCAGCGAGCGACAUACCCGGAAAAGUUUUCGCAGGGACAAGAUUUCGUUGAAGCGAUGGGUCCCAUAAGUUCCAACUGGUUUGAUUUUUGUGCGCUCGAAUGUAUAGACAAAAUUUAAAUCAACCCAUUUUUGGCCGUGGCAUCCUUGUUCCCACAAUAUUCGUUUCAAUAUCAAACAAACCAAUAGAAAAGAUACUUUCCUACGAUCCUUGAUCCUUACAACAGUACACGUGAGAGAUUGUCUAUAAUUUUGGUUUUGCUGAUGCACUAGCUGUUACAACACUGUAUUUCCCGCUAACUUCCUCGCAGGCAUCAGUGUCCUGUUUUAAGAAUAGGUAGGAGAAUGGAGAGAAAACGGGAAGUGACCAUUUUUCCUCCUCACUUUUUCUUUUCUCCUAUUCUCCGUCUCAGACCCCUCUCGGUCAGUGUAACCGGUACAGAAGGAUUUGCCUGCGGAGGUGGCUCAUUUCGCGCAAGGCAUCUUGUAAUGUUUUUAAUGGAUGAUAACAUACUAACAGUAACGAAAAUAACCCUGAAAUGUCGUUUAACUAUUUCCAGUGUUAUUGGUUUCUCUUCAUAACAUUUUUGUGAUUACUUGUGCUGUUAUUCGUGGUUGAAAUGUGUGUUAAUUGGUUUCUUGAUCAGUGCUAUACACGGAGAAGUACUCUUGUGACGCAGUUUAUCGUUUUUAGGGCCCUCGCAAAGAGAACCGCCAAAGAGACAAGUAAAGAAGUGGUCAAAGAAGCAGAAAAGAAAUACGUAACAAAUGGAAAACAACAGGAGCAUUGAACUGUUAUAUAAUUAUAAUGUGAAGUAAAUUGACUGAAGCAUAAGUGCUCACUCGAUCUUUUUCACUUUUUUGUAGGGAUGGGAAUAUACAUAUCAUGAUUUCACUAAAACUAUCACACUACGAUCACCCAUGGCCAUGGGGGCCACAUGUUUGAAAAUGAUUCGAUGAUACAAUAAUUUGAAAUAAUGUACUCAAUAACGCUGUUUGUAAGAGGUUGAAGAAUAGCAAUAGUGAUUGGCUUGUUAAAUGAAGUGGUGCAAUACUUCAAGGAAGAAAACACCAGAAACAAAUUGUUCAAAGGGAAUCAAUCAUUUUUGUACAAUAAAAUAAACAC